GGGUCAGCGACCGCUGCGAGAGACUGAGAGCAACAAUCAUACCUGCUUGCAGUGCGCUCAGCAGAGGCUGGGAAAGAGGAGGAUUUGGAUACUUCCCAGACGACCAACUAAAUCACCAUGAAGUCGACAUGUCUGCUCAUCUUGGCUUCUCUCGUGGUCUGCAACUUGGCUAUGUGUGGAGGACAAGGAAUCCCCGCUGAGGACGAGACGGACCGAGGGACCAUAGACGACAUCAUACUCCAGAGAGCAGAAAGUCUCUUGUUACAGUCCAUUCUCAAGAAGCUGCAGGAUGAAGACGGCAGAAACGAGGGAUCUUCCACUCAGACAGAAUGGGUGACAAAACGACAGCAUCCCGGUAAGAGAUACAGCGAGGACUUUGAGAAGCGGCAGCAUCCGGGGAGGAGAGAAGAUGAUGAACAGUACUUGGACGUUCAAAAGAGACAGCACCCGGGCAAACGCGACGACGACAUGCACGCAUUCAUGGAGCUCCAGAAGAGGCAACACCCGGGAAAGCGCACCACGAUGGGACACAUUUCUGAAAACCCCGUAAUGUUAAUGAGUGAACUUUCAAAACGACAGCACCCGGGCAAGCGCUACCUGGUGCUGCACAGCAAACGCCAGCACCCAGGUAAGCGCCACCCCGAGGACGAGGACGCCUAUGAGGACUUGGAUGCGGAUGCUGAUGGAGACGAAGACCUGGCAGAGUUGGAAAAGCGUCAGCACCCGGGAAAACGAUAUUGGGAUAACUCCAGUCCGGAUUUAGGCACAAACAGUCCGUGUGAUGUUUUGGACCCUACGAGCUGCAGCAAGACCAGUUUGCUGCUCGACUUUUUAGACAACAUUAACAAGAGCCAUGCCGAGGAGAAGAGACAACACCCGGGCAAAAGAUUUGCACCCGAGGAGGAUUUAGUGGAAGGAGAGUAGGUUAAACAAAAGCCUGGUGUGCGUUUACAGCUGUAUUGUAAACACAUACAUGUGUAAAUUAAGUGACCAUAAUGAAUUAUUAAAAAUGAAAAAAUAAUUUACAUCAUUUAACCUUUUGUGCCACAGUUUUUCUUUGGCAGGCAGUUACUGUAUCAUCAUCGAAAUAACAUCCAUCUGCUGUUUGUUUCUUUGGAGAGCUUGUGCGUAAUUGUCCUCCAAACUGACUAUAUCGCUGUA